AGGCCCAACUGUGGCACAUCAACCAAGGCUUCUUAGGCUUCUACAUGGGCAGCUGGAUGCUGUGGACGGCCGUGCUGCUGUUCCAGCUGCUCUUCCCGCUGGUGUUUGCCGUCUCCACGCUGACGAUGGCGGUAGGCACCGUGUUCGAUCGGCUCAUCUGCGUGCCGGCGCAGCACCCCGGCUCGGAAUCGUCUCGGGCCGUCAUCGACUACCUGCUUAGCCUCGCGAUGAAGACUAGCGCCCGCUCUGCACCCGACGCUGAAUCUCACGGUAUUGGCAGGCAGCGCAACGCGACGGCCAGCAGUGGCAGCAGGGCACAGGAACCGUCUCUGCUGUCAAAGUUGAUGCAGAGCCCUUGGCAGGACGGCACGUUUUCACUGGAAGCUGUCCCGGAGGGAAUGGCGAAGUACUACUGGCCUUUCAACGAUAGUGACUUGGCACCACUGUUUCCGGAAAGCAUCGAUGCAGAUGGAAACGUAAGCAGCCCCAGCGAUGGGGGAGAGAUCGAGCCAUUUCGCACAGUUUCUCCGAGCCCAUGCCCGCACACGCGUGAGGGCGAAGGUCCGGAACACGAGAGCUUCGACGAAGACGCCAGCCACCACCGACAGAAUGCGGCAGACGUCCAGCGACUCGCAGUCCACCACUACCGCACUGCUGCUCCGACGUCACCGUCGCAGAAUUCAUUUGGGCCAACGGGCAGCAGGUGGCAAGAGGACGCCGUCACCAUUGCCCGGAGAGGGAACGGUGGUGUCAUCGGCACCAGCGGGAGGACGUCCACGUCUCCAGUCUUGCGUAGUGGGGACGCCGAGAGCGUUACACGCCGCCGAAGACGCCAUCGGCCCGCCCCGAAGAGCAGGAAGGGAAACGCCACGCCGAACGAGCACAUUCAGAGCGUCCAAGGCUAUCGAGGACUCCAGCACCGAGGGACGACAGCAUCAGAAGCGCGCGGCGUUGUGCAACCGGACGUCGUCGCCGACGCGAGCAAGGACAGCGGCAACGACGGCUGGGACAAAGACCCACGAAGGAAGCGAUCUACCAGAACCAGGAUCGCGUCGCUACUACUUCGAAUCACGGAAGCUGAUGGCGGGAGUAGGCGUCACGGAGAGAGUCAAUGGCAAGACGAGGAUGCAACGGGAGGUGAGAAAAUGCCACCUGUGUACCAUGAGGGCGUGCGCCGCCAUCGAGAGCUGCUUCAAAGUCAGGAGGGGAGGCAGGAGUUCGUAGGUGGGGCCGUCGCGCAGCGGCACGUUGUCGUCCAUUGCUCGAACAGCGUCAGCGGCACGGCCCUGGACCGAAACGAAAAUCAGGCGGUCGCAGGCAUAACCGCGCCUACUGCAGUCUACCCAAGGGAGAAGACCGAAAGCGCGAACUACGGACGAAGACUGCAACGACAAGACGAGGAGAGAGAAGAGGUUAAAGCCCAGGAAAAGAUCGUUGAGGUCGUCCAGAGCAGUCGAAGACUCCAGGUUCAGGACAAGGAUGAGGUGCUGUCGGGAGGAAGCGAUGUCGUCGCUGAUCAGCGGGUCGCUAACAGCAAUUACAGCGCCGCGUCUAGCUCUUGGCGCUGGAGGACCCGGCAGUUCUCUUGGCUUCUGCAAAGACAACCAGACGAGAGAACUAAGAAGAACAAUGAUGCUAUACGUGGUGUAACUGCCCGUCGUUCUCUUCUCUCCGCUGUGCUCGGUCCGCAAGUGAUCCUAGAUAUAACGAAGCGCUUCGGCGAGUGCUCGUCGGGACACAUGUCCCUGUACAAACUACUGGGAGAGGACGCUGCGGUGGUGAUAGCCGAGAAGGCCUUGGGCACCGACAACACCAUAAUGGGGCUCAUAGAUUCCAGGAUGUCCAAUGCUAAGCUCGAAGAGUUGAAAUCUAAGUUCUCCGGUGGCGUGAACUCGAAAAUGGACACCCAGCUCAGACAGAAACUCGGCAUAAGCGACGAAGUGAAGAGUGGACUCGGGCCCCUGUCAGGUGGCCCGACGAUGAACUUCGAGGGGCUGACGAAAGCGUCCACUGAUGCUAUGAGCGCCUUCAGCAAGAUCAGCAAUGCCAAAUCGGAGCUCCGGAACGUCGCGAAUCAAUUACCCAUUGUGACUGUGAAGAACAAGGUGAACGAGGCCGCGGACGCACUGGAAAAUGUAACUGCUGAUGACGAGAAAGGAUUCAAGGAGGACAUGAGCGCCAUCGGAAACGCUGCGAACGCCCUCACCGCAGCCUCCGUGGUGGACGGCAAGAGCCUAAACACCUACCUGGAGGAAAACCUCAAUGCGUGGGAUACGAACAAAGCGGCUAUGCAAACCUCCGUCGAUACCUUCGUCGACACCGUGAAGGGCAUGACUAAAGGCUUCGAAGGAGACGUCGAAAAAUUCUUCACGCAAGCGAAGACGCAGGUGCGAGACAACAUCGGAGAUUGCCACCCGAUAUACGUGAUCUACCUGACGACGGCGAACACCCUCUGCGAUGGAGCCGUGAAACCGUUUGGCUGUAUUUACGAAGACUCCGCACGGAUGACUUGGAUAUUGCCCUCGACGUGGUCAAAUAUACCGCUGUCGACGUCUUCGCACUUUGUUCACAAGUCAUCUCAGAAGCUGAAAAACAAACAAACCCCUUCGGAACGCCAAGUGUGACCUUGAAACAGUUUUAAUGCGUAAUAUGCCGCGCCAGUAUUUAAUUUUUUUUCGCGAACCUCGCGAAAAUUCAGUUGUAUUUUGUGAAACAUCUAUAUAUAGUUGUGCUUACCGCGCUCAGUUCGUUUUUCUUUUUUACAAUUUUUUGGUCAGCCCAAGUUUCUAGGUGUCUGCGGCGACGGACAAAAUAUCUUGGCAUGGUAUCGCCCUUAUUGCUCCGUAGCACACCGAGAGAUGAAAUUUGACGUUUGAAAGCAAACUUUGCUGUUUCUAUUGAUGUGUUCAACGUUCCCCGAUUGCUGUCUUUGUGCGGGAUAACGUGCCAAGCUUCUAGCGUUUAAACUUUGUGUGUACCAAAAAAAAAGACACUUAAUUUCUUUCGGGUUCUGUUCACAAGCUCUAAGCAGCCAGGAUGACGCAUACGUGUCAACGUACAUAGCUUUACUACAAAAAUGCGAACACGUGCAUUUGAUGAAAAUAGGCUGACCGUUUGAGUAAUUUGUUACCAGUUGUAUAAAAUGAAGGUCUUGUUGUU